AGUAGAUCUAGUUAUAUUUAUACAUAAUAGUUAGUACUACUACUAAUUAAAAAAACAGUAUCAUGCUACAUGAUUCGUUGUAUCACAUUUCGUUUCAACAUCAAUAAUGGCGAUAUGCAAAUAAGAUCUAUUCUGAAAAGUCAGUGUAUGGUACGCACCUGUGAAGAAAUCACAAAACGCUUUUCAUGCAUAUGAACUAGCACGUUCCGUACCCAUCCUGAGGAGAAAUAUCUGUAAGCUUCUAGUGACUUGUAGGCUUUUAGUGACUGACCACUGUAACCCCCUGGCGUGUUGAUGAGAUAGUGAUGUACAUCGGGGUAACUUGCGUCUGGCAGCUCAUUACUUGAACAAUCAAGCGCAGGGAUUCAGCAUAAGUCGAGAGCCCGACUUGAGAAGACGACAUCGCGACAGAGGGUAUCACUUACAGACUUGCGAAAGCAUGAUCCCCAAUAUGGCGGUGUAAACAGAUAAUCACGUGACCAUGAUGUCACAUGCGUAUUGACCCAUCCCACGUGAUGUCACGACAAAUGCGGCUGCCACUUUGGACAUGAACUACCAGUAGUCUACCACAGCCAACAACGAGGAACGACGGCGAAGCAUCGAAAGGAAUAUAGCCAUCAAAGAAAGUUUUUACUUUCAGCAAGACUUCCAUCAUGCCAAUAUAUUGUUGUGCACCUGGAUGUAGUAACCAUCAACACACAAGGCAAGAUUUAUCAUUUUAUCGGAUCCCGACAGAUGCUGACCGACGGAGAAGAUGGAUAGCGGCCAUUAACAGGAAAGAUUGGCAGCCCUCGGUAUACCAACGCUUGUGUAGUGACCACUUUGUUGGAGGGAAGAAAAGUAAUAACCCCCGGUCACCUGAUUAUGUGCCGAGCAUUUUCUCACACACAAAGUCGUCUGCAAAACAAAAAAACACAAAAGCAUUGAAGUCUGAAAAGCGACAAAACCUGAAGAAAAGGAAACGUGGAAGUAGAAAACAAGUUACAGCAGAAUGUGCAGUGCUUGGCCUUCGAGACACUGAUGUAACCACUCCUUCUGAAUGCUCCACGGAUUCCACUGCAUUAUCUCCUGAAGUUGCAGAUCUCAAAGAUGAAGGAAGUGCAGAAGCUUUAGAUGAAAAUGAAGCAUUGCCUUUUGAGCUCCAAUGCAGAAUCCUGAGGAAGGAAAAUCGUACUUUGAAGGAACAACUGAAAAAAUACUUUCUCUGUCCGGAGUCGUUUUCAGAGGACAAUGACAAAGUGGAACAAUUUACAGGUCUUCCAACAUAUGGGAUUAUGAUGGUGACAUUCCAGUUUAUACGGCCUUAUUUAAAUUUAAACAGGAAGUUUUCACCUUUCCGGCAGUUCCUGCUGACAUGUAUGCAUCUUCGACUGAACUUAAACUUACAGUUUUUAGCCUUCUUAUUUUCCAUUUCUUUGGAAACUGCAUCCAGAGUAUUUAGUAACACGUGUGAUGUUAUGUUCUGUCGCCUCGUUCCGGCGCUGGUGAUCUGGCCAGAUAGGGAACAUUUACGGCAAAGUCUGUCAGUUUCAUUUCAACAAAACUUUGAGAAAUGUUGCUGUAUAAUUGACUGUUUUGAAAUAUUUCAGGAAAAACCGAGUGAUGUGGAAACACCGAGAAAAACCUGUUCGCAGAAUAAAAGCCACAACUCUUCAAAAUAUCUGAUCGGUAUUGCCCCACAAGGCGCGGUUUGUUUCAUUUCUCAGGGGUGGGAUGGUCACUGCAGCGACAAACACAUAACGGAACAUUGCGGAUUUCUGGAUGAACUUUUGCCAGGGGAUCUGAUCCUAGCAGACAGAGGGUUUGAUGGAGGUGACGCUGUUGGAUUGCCUUCUGCAAAUGUAAACAUUUCUGCGUUUACUCGGGGAACGUCCCAAAUGAGCGCGUUGGAUGUGGAGGGCACAAGGGCGCUCGCGUCAGCCAGAAUCCAUGUUGAGAGGGUUAUUGGAAUGGUUCGUCAGAAAUACACAAUACUGAGCAAUACUGUGCCCAUAUCUCUUGUACAUUCAAAAGAUAAUGGAAUAACAUCUUUGGACAAAAUAGUACAUGUCUGCUGUGCAUUGACGAACCUGUCUGACCCCAUGAUUCUUUUUGAGUGAAAAAAAUGACAAAAUUCACUUAUUUGAAACCCUCAUUUUAUGGAUUACAUGAUGUCUGAACAGCUACUUUUUUUUAAUUUGUGUAAUACUUAUGACAAAGACAGCUUAAAAUUCUUUUAACAAUUUUAGAUGUGUGAUAUUUAUCAUAUCAAUCACAGUUAAUGUACAUAUUUGAGAAGGAUUUGAUGGAAAUUUUUACCAUACUGCAAAUGACAAUUCAGUGUAAUGUAUUGUAAAUAUUAUACAGUGACAAAGUUUAUAAACAUUGCUGUAUGCUUUAUAGUUUGAAUUAUAAUUUUGACGUGGAAUUCUUUGCAAAAACUGCCAAAUUAUUGAAUUGCUGCAGAUUUGAACAUAAUUGUAACAGGUGUAAAU